UCACUUAAAUGUUUCCCCUUAUCACGACCGGCGUAGAACAAGUCACUACGUAAUAUGCGUAAAUCGACAGCGUUGGUCUCUUUAUUCAUAACAGUGGUGCAGUGUGACACUGGGCGGUGGUAGAUAGCAGGCUGUUAAACCAGGAGGCAAGAUGUCGUUACGCAGGAUCACCCAGGAGACGUUUGACGCCGCGGUCAGAGAAAACAUGGAGGAGUUCGAGAUGGAGCCGGACGAGGCCCUGAGGGAUGCUGUGGAGCAGUUUGAUUCUCAGGGCGUGGACCUCAGUUGCAUACUCAAAGCUGUACCCACUGCCUCAUCUGAUGAGAACCCAGAAGAGAAAACGCAUGAGGUCUUAAAGGCUUUGGAUUCUCUCCGAAUUGGAAAAGACUCUUCCGGAGUGAUGGAAUGGACAUCAGACCUCAAGUGCUUCACUGAACAGUGCUUACUUGGAUUUGCCCAGAGGUACCUAGCUGCCCAAAAAGACGCCUACCCCAUUGUCCUCUGCUACUGCAAAAAGAGUUUAGAGGAGCGAGAGGCUGCGCUGGCAGCUCUCUCCGCUCUGGCUGCUCUGACAGAUGGACAGCCAGACUUGUUGGAUGCGGAGGGCAAGAAGUUUCUUUUGGACGCCCUUAAAAGAUACCAGGCAGAUUCCUCUGUGACAUGUGUAGCCAUCUGCGUUGUGCGUCACUGCUGUUUGAAGCAUGAACAGAACAGGCAGGAUUUGGUAAAAGGCGGAGUCCUGCCCCUGCUGACCACUGCCGUCACACAACAUAGAGGAUGUGCAGAGGUGUUGAAGGAGGCCUCUGCAGCUCUCAGGGUCAUGACCUUUGAUGAUGAUAUCCGAGUUACGUUUGGGAAUGCUCAUGAACAUGCCAAGAGUAUUGUUCUUGAGAACAAGGGACUGAAUGUCUUAAUCGAGGCUGCAAAAGCUCACCCCGAUAAUUCUUCUGUUCUGGCUGAGAUCUGUUCAACCUUGUCCCGUCUGGCUGUGAGGAAUGAGUUCUGUCAAGACAUCUGUGACAUGGGAGGAUUGAAAUUCAUGAUGACACUGCUCGCAGACAGCUACGAGACAGCGGAGUUGGUUCGGCAGGUCAUGAACGCAAUAAAAGCUGUAGCAGGAAACGACGAUGUAAAAGAUGCUGUUGUGAAUGCAGGCGGAGUCCAGCUCAUUGUUAUCGCCAUGAACAGACACAUCAGCAACCCAGCUGUGUGUGAAAGUAGCUGUGCGUGCCUCUCUGUUCUUGCUUUGCGCAAACCAGAAAACUGCCAGGCCAUCAUGGAGAAUGGAGGUGCCUUGGCUGCGGUGGAGGCCAUGAAGGCUCAUACAAAGUCUGUUAAUGUGCAGAAACAGGCUUGUAAUCUGCUGAGAAACAUGGUGUCACGCAUGCAGAACUACACACAACCAAUCCUGGAGAUGGGAGCAGAGGCUCUGAUUAUUCAGGCAGUAAAGAACCAUCAGGACUGUGGUGAUCUUGGUAAAGCAGCCCUCAGAGAUCUGGGAUGCCAGGUGGAGCUGCGAGAGCUGUGGACUGGCAAACAUGGCAGCCUUAAAGACUGAGAGAAGAGGAGAGCAUCAUUGAAUACCUCCACUCUGACAAUUAGAUAACCUGAAAUACAUUGUUAAGAAGGAAUCAUGUCAGAAUGAUUGUAUACAUAUAGCAAACAGAUACAGCUACCUAAAUAGACACAUUUUUUCAGAAUAGUCGUAGAAAAUGCUUGUGAGCUAUUCGAACAACCAAGUCAACAGUUCCACAUCUAUUGCUAUUAAGAUAUAUAUAUAUAUAUAUAUAUAUAUAUAUAUAUAUCUCUUACUUUUUCAGUCCUUUUGCUGUUUUCGAUUAAAAGGAAAAGGCCAUUGUAGUUCUGAUGUACUUGUCUUGUUUGCUGUUAAUAUUUUGUUCAAAUUUAAUAAAUGUAAUAUUCAUUUUCAGAAAGUUGCGAUACAUGUAAACAUGACCAAACCAUGGGUAAACAAAUGUAUUUGCUGCCAUGCAAAUAGUUUAACUGCAUUGUAAUUUGGGCAUAUUGCAUUCCUAUGUUGACAGAGACUUUGAAGUGUAUUUAAUGCCUUCUAUGUGCACUAUAACAAAAUAUUUCCUUUUUUUGGGGCUUUAUGCGUGCUUACUUUGUAAAGCUGAAGGCUCUGAUAUUUAGACCAGUAAUGGAGGACUUUGUAUCUUGACUAUGAUAAAACUCAACCUUCACAUUA